CAGGCUGCCUGGAAGUAUGUGAGACACAGACCACUCAGCUGACUCUCAGUAUCUAGUCUCACAGAGCUCAGACAGGAGGCAAAUCUGCAAUCAGAAGUUUCAUGCGCGGCUCGACAUGCCACCUCAGAUGGAUUACUUUUACCACGAGUCCCGAGUCCCUUCCGCUUGCGGGCUGACCCGGGAGGAUGAGCUGGAGCCCGGUGUCAUCAGCUGUAUGCUGAUCGGAGACGGAGCCGUCGGGAAGACCAGCAUGAUUGUCAGCUACACCACCAAUGGUUACCCGACAGAGUACAAGCAGACAGGCUUUGAUGUCUUCUCCGGUCAUGUCCAAGUAGAGGGAUCUCCAGUUAAAGUUCAGCUUCUGGACACUGCUGGACAGGAGGAGUUUGACGAGUUCAGGGCUCUAUCCUAUGCCCACACAGACGUCUUCCUCCUGUGCUUCAGCAUGGUUAACCCCACCUCAUUUCACAACAUCACCAAGAAGUGGGUUCCAGAGAUCCGGGCUUAUAACCCGUCCUCGCCCAUCAUCCUUGUUGGGACCCAGUCUGACCUCUUACUGGACGUGAAUGUCCUCAUCAACCUGGACAGAUCUAAUGUUAAGCCAGUUCUGAGCUCCCGGGCCCGGAGCAUGGCGGACAAGAUCAGGGCAUCAGACUACAUUGAGUGUUCAUCACUCACACAAAAGAACUUGAAGGAGGCAUUCGAUGCGGCCAUCUUUGCCGCCAUUAAGAACAAAGCUCGCAAGACCAAGAAGAGGAGGUUUUCUGACAGGCGCACCAAAGCUUUCUCCAGGUGCAGCUGGAAGAAGUUCUUCUGCUUCAUCUGAACUCAGACUGUUAACCCUGUGGGUUGUGAACAAAACUUUUAAUUUAUUCAAAAUACUUUCACUUAAUGUCACAGGUCCCAUCGGUGGUAGUUUAGCAUCUUUCCCUGUUAAGUGUUUGGCUUAUAUCACUCUGGGAUGCCCAAUGGUGCAAGAGAAACAACAUUGGCACAGUGAGCACUGGAAACGAACAUCACUGGAGACAGCAGAGAGGAUUCUGGGUCAUUCUCAGCCAGGGUCUGGUCACAAGCUCCAUCAGAUAGACCCCAGGACAGCAGUGUUGUUUACAUUUUAUUUAAAUGAAUCAUUGUUCCAGAGCAACAGAAGAACAUAUAAAAAAAAAGAAGCAUGAAUAUUGUGUUGAUGUGGAUGCAUCACUGGUGAGCCACUUAUGAGAAAAGGGCAGUGAAUUGACUUUAAAGGAGGUGAACGUAUCAAGUUAACUUGCUGAACAUGCAGCCACAGAGAGAGAGAGAGAAAAAAAGAAAAACAGGGCAUCAUGUAAAUUAUAUGAAUUUGCAUGGUGAGCUUUGCCACCAACUGCAGCCUUUUAACGUCCGCGAGAGAGAAACGGAAAGUAUCAGGGCUUUAUUUGAGCAGAUGGGUGUUAGCCACUUCUUUGUUGUAUUCUUGCUGUCUGGCUGCACCAGCUUAUUUAUAUGCAGCAGCUGCAAGUUCAGGUUGCAGUGCGAAGUGCCACAUUCUUACCUGUGUGUGAAAGCUCCCCUGGCUGGUUUGGGUGGUUACUGACCCUCAAGUUAAUCAACUAACAAACCUAUCACACCUUACAUUCAUUUUGAUUAGAAUUUUAUCAGGUCUUUUAACACUUAUGAAAAAGAAGCACAGCAGGAGGAUUUGUUUGCAUCAAAUCAGAAACAAAUGUAUUUCCUUUGUUUGAAUGUUCAGAUUGGCACAGGAACUUUUUUGAAAAUCCUCUUGUGAAAUGUGAAAGGUUGCCCGGGAACUCUAACCUUUGGCUUUUUGUUCUGGUCUCUCAUCAAUCUGCAUCUGUAAAAGCAAGCACCGCAGGAGUCUUGACUUCCACCCUGCAGAUCCUCCCACCACCUCCACCGUCAGCCUGGCUUUUUUUAUACUCCCCUCUUUGUUUAUGUGCUCAAUACAAUCCUUAUCUCCUGAAUAGGAUGCUAAACAGCCCUCUGUGUGAAUGGAAGUGUAGGUAAUACGCAUUUUUUUUUUUUAAAGAAAAAGCUUUUGUGUCUGUGACAUUUGUACAGAAGAAAAUCAUAUUUUGAAAUGCAAUGUGAUGAUAUCUGGUGGAUAUACAAGCGUAUAUAUUUGACCAGAACCAGAGCAAGGCUUUACUAUGCUUCUUGUGGAAGUCAGUUUAAUGUUUAUUAUAUUCUGUUUGUUAAAACAGUUCAUUUGUCAUUUUUAUGUUUAUGAAAUAUCAGAUAAGACAUGGAUUUUAAAUGCAUUUAUGUACUCCAUAAAAUCAUGUUUAAUUUUGUAUCACUGUCCAUCUCCCUCUCUAACCUGUGUGUCUUUUUUUUACAUGUCGCAGUCAUGUGAUGCAAAUAAAUGAAGUGCAAAUUAUA